GACCGCAGAGAUCGCGAGCUGUUUGUGCGAGCAAGGAGGCUAGAUGAUUACCCCCGAAGCCCUCGCUAUGAGGCCGAUCGGGGUAGAGGCGACUCCCGCGGCCGAUGGGAGAGGGACGGCAGAUACGAGAGAUCGGACCGAGAUGGAUAUAGGGACGACAGAUACGAGAGGUCGGGUCGAAAUGGCUACAGAGGAAGUAGAUAUGAGAGGAGAUCGGGACUGGGAACGACAAGAUGGGUCGCGCGGACGGUUUGAGCGCGGGGGAGAUGCGAGAGAGCAGCGCGACGAGUCGCGGGGAUGGUACAACCGAGGGGACCGACGCGAUGAGUCACGAGGACGAUAUGACUCGGGGGACCGCCGGAAUGAUUCGCGAGGGCGGUAUGAGCAAGGAGGGUCUGGAGGAGACCGGCGCAACAAUUCGCGCGGUCGGAAUGAGAGGGGGGGAUAUGGCGUCUCAUCAGAACCAUAUCCCAAGUCGCCUGACCCCAAGGCGGCCAGGAAUUCGAUCUCUAGAGGCGCAGACGACAGGGCAUCUACUCCCAGGAACUCAUGCGUCUACUGUAGAGGAGAAGAUCAUAUCAAGAGGGAUCGCCCGGACCUCAAAAGGGCAAUAGAUGAGGGACUUGUCGUGCUUGACGACCGCAAGUACGUCAAGUGGGCAGAUGAUCUGGCAGAUGUAUCGAUGUUCCCUUCGAUGAAGGAGAAUGUCGAAGCAAGGAGAAUAAAGACGAGUAAAGGAAURGAGCCGGUCAGGAGCCAGAGCAUCAAGAUAAUCUUUGAGGGGGAUAUCGCGACCACACCCAUAASGGUGGCAGCCACCAAGUCGGCAAGAGGGUCUACAUCGAAGAAGACUGACACGGAUUACGUGAUGACGGAGAAGGACGAACAGCGRGUCGAUGGAGAGGAGGUUAUCCUUUCGCCGCGAAAGAGGGGAGUGAAGAAGUUCUUAAUGAAGAGUUCGCUGGACGAGAUUGACACGGUUGAGCCACUGAGGCGGGCCCUUCGGCAACCAAUGCAGUGCUUUAUUCUGGAGUACCUGGCGGCAUCGAAGCCGGCUCAUGAUGAAUUACAGAUAAUCACGCGGAAGACUCGCAUACCUCUAUCAGAGGAGGGUCAGGGGGCCCCUAAAGAGGAAGCUUCUACAGUAGCGGUAACGGGGGUGACUGCCAGAGCRGAUCGCAUGGCGACAGUCCUUCUCGAUGGGAUGGAAGGUGUGCCUCCAGACAAGUUUUAUAUACUUGGUAGCGGGGCCGUAGAGACGAUUAUAAACGAUGGAGCGAUUCUCGAUGCUGUGAUUGAUAACGACAGUGAGGUUGUCAUCAUAGACGAGGACCUGGCAGUACAAGUUGGACUGGGCCUCGAUAGGUCAUACCUAUUCGAGAUAGAGACGGAUGAUGGGAGAAAGCAACAGAUCACUGGGGUUUGUCACAAGGCAGCCAUAGAGGUCCAAGGGGUAAGAGUGACCCUGCCUGUCUUUGCAGUCAAAAACUGUAGCUCCGACCUGCUCUUGGGUCGAACAUGGCUGAGCCACGUGCAUGCGGUGACGAUAGAGCGACCUGAUGGGAGCCAAACAUUGUCCAUUAGGAAGCCAGACGGGACGUGGGUGAUGAUUGAGACAGUGGAGCCUCGGGACCCGAGGAACAGAGCAGCUCUCGCUGUGGGUGCAAGACCCAGUGAUCAGAUUAAGUCGUUACCUAUCUCCGGCCGCGCGAUGCGAUUUCGCGAGAAGAGAUUUGGACCAUUUCUUACAGAAGAAGAAGGUCGGAUCGUGGAGGUGGAAGAUUUAGGGAGUCGGCUAAUAGCGGACGGCAACUCGUACCCAAAGGAAGGAGAUGAGGAAUUUGGCGAUGUGGUAUCCGUGUCUUUUUUAAGGGCUAUGGGGGGCUACCCAAGCGACACAAGCAAGUAGCUCAAAAAAGGUUAAGCCAGCGGCGGUGGGCCGCGAGCGAACGGCACUGGAAGGGGUAUCAAAAGA